GUAACAAUAAUAUUUAAUUCGGUAGAUUUAAUCUGUGUUCAGUGUUGUACAAAGUUCUGCCUGCCAUAUUGUUUUUUUUGUGAUAAAACUACUAGCGCUAGUGGUGGACAUUAUAACUACGUUUGAAUUAUUGGCGGGCUGAUUAGUGCAAAAACUUUAGUGAUGACCCUAAGCUAUAGAUGACAUUAAAGUUACUAAGUAACUGCAAACUUCAAAUUUAAGGAAUCAAGAUAAAAUAAUAUAAAUAUGGAAUUUGAAUUGAAACACAAGAAAGCAAUGUCAAAAGAAGAAGUCAACAUGUUAUUGGAUCUAAUUGAAAGUAAACCAAUUAUAACAAUCAAACAAACUGAUGCAACAACAAAUAAAAGUAAGGAGGAAGCCUGGUCAAUGUUAACAGCUUUUUUUAACACGAGAAACGGUGGAAUGCCUAGAAGUAAAGAGCAAUUAAAAGCAAAAUGGGAUAAUUUAAAGAAAGCUGCUCGGAAAAGAGACCAGGAUAUUAAGUUGAAUAGUGAAAAGACUGAUGGCAGUAGACCAAUCUUUAUUCCACCAGAUGAAGUUUUAGAUAAGGUGAUGCAUCUUCUUAAAGCAGGCCGGAAUGCUGGUGAUGGAAGCUUAAAUGUGGCUGAAGAUUCAGAAGGUGCUCCAGAAAAUAGUAUGGACAAUAGUACAACCAGUAUAAUACCAAAUAUAAUAUGGGGACCUAAAAAAGCUAAGAAAAAGAAACACAACAGUUCUGUGGAUUACGUCAGACAGGCGCGAGAUUUAGCAAUAAAAAAAUACUACGAGAAGAAAGUAGAAAAAGUUAAUUUAGAAAUAAAAAUACUGAUGUUGGAAUAUGAAAAGAAAAAGAAUGAAAUAAAACCAGAGACAACGAAUGAGUGAAGAAUGAAGAUCGAAUUAAAGAACGAAUGAAUGUAACCUCUUUCGUAGCUCAGUCUGUCUGUCUAUUAAAACUUUGGCGGACACAAAAAUGGUAUAGACUGUCUACCUAGUACGAUGCCCCAUGAAGGGAUUACAGAUUCAGGUAGUUUUCCAACUACAGCAACGCUUCGCACAAUUGAGCACUCUCAAAAG